GGAUGAUGAUCAAUACUUCCUCUGUUUUUCUCUCAACAGGAGAGAGGGACCUGAUGAGUCAGAGGGGAGGAUAGAUGAGUGACGGACACUACUAGUGGGUUCCAGACACACAAAUCCAAAUCAAGAAGGUACAUUCCUCUUCCUCUCGUCACAACAUGUUCCCUGAACAUUUCAUAAAGGCUCCUGAUCCACUGCAGAGCCCCGGUCUCAGUACCACCAUAGAAGCUACCGCAGUAUGAACCGGGCUUUCAACAGGAGAAACGAUAAAUCUGGAGGAAUGACAUCCCCUGAGGCUUUGGCCAAGAAUCACAUGGCGUACAAUGUCAAGUUCCUUGGCGUAACAGAGGUUGACCAACCUAAAGGCACAGAUGUCAUAAGGGUAGCAGUGAGAAAGCUGAAGUUCCAAAGGCAUAUCAAGAAAUCAGAGGGACACAAAACACCGAAGGUGGAGCUGCAGGUAUCCAUCUACGGAGUGAAAUUAUUAGACCCCAAGACCAGAGAUGUACAGCACAACUGUCAGCUUCAUAGGAUAUCCUUCUGCGCGGACGACAAAACGGACAAGAGGAUAUUCACCUUCAUCUGCACAGAGCCAGAGACCAAAAAACACAUCUGUUAUGUGUUCGACAGUGAAAAAUGUGCAGAGGAGAUCACCGUCAGCAUUGGUCGAGCAUUUGACCUGGCGUACAGGAAGUUUCUGGAGUCUGGCGGAAAAGACGUGGAGAUGAGGAAACAGAUCGGCAGUCUGCAGAAAAGAAUUCUGGAACUGGAAACUGAAAAUUCCAAGUUGAAAGAACGACUUCAAGAUCUAGAGGAUCACAUGGCAGAUUGUCAAGGCUCACCGCUUCUACACUUGAACUCUUCUAACGAGGCCCACAUGCUGCCGAGUCGCUCGUCUAUGUUCUGGGAUGACAGUGUCAGCCUGAACGCCCUUUCCUUUCUAGAGAUGUCCUCUGUGGCUCUAACCCCAGCCAGCUCUCCAGACUCCAGUAUCUCCGCUGGUCUACUAACCCCUCCACCCAGUAAACCUGCCCAGCCCAGGCUACCGCAGCAUUAUGGGUGCUGCUUACCUCGACCGCGAGCAUGGAGCACCAUAUCCAGGCCUACCCCAACGGACGUUUUCGACAUGGUUCCAUUCUCCUCAGGGUCUCCUAUGGCAAGGAAACCUGCCAUCAAUGGGUCCUCCCCUCCUCCUCCCUCCUUUUCACCUCCUCCACCUCCUCCACAUGUUUUCCUGAAAGAGAGAGGAACAGAUAUUUUGGGGGCGGAGCCUUUUGACCCGUUCCUCUGCAACACAUCCUUUCCUCCUGACGUCCAAUCUAAACUGGAUGAAAUGCAGCGUCAGCGACGGUUAGUUUACUCUCACCUUUGUGUAUGCUUCACAAUAUCCAUCACAUCUUUUUUUUCCAUUAAACAUGCAUUCACAUUUUCACUGAGGUCUGCCUCUAUUUGAAUGUUUGCAUCACUCAUAAAUCAAUUAUGUACAUAGAGGCCAACUGUCAAAGUACAUUAUGAUUGUAGCAUACCAUGUUUGCUCCCAGGCUGCUGGUGCUAGUCCUGCUCAUUUCCUAUCAAUUAGCCAUCAUUUUGUUUUGUCAAAACAGAUUAAGUGUAGACCUGAAUUAGAAAGCAAGGUUUCCUGAGAAUCUCAAUUGAGAAUAUGUCUAGGAUACUGCCCUGUAAUUACAGCAUUGCUCAUUGUUAUAUAGGACACACUGCUCUAGACUUCUGUAGUCUCUGGUUGGAUCACUGACCUGUGUGUGUCUCUCUCUGAAGGAGGGGUUCAAUAUGGGACUAACCCUGGAGGGCACCAUCUUCUCUCUGGACCCAGUAGACAGUCGCUGCUGACCCCAACGUGGACAGUUGAUGCUGACCCCAACACAACCCCAACAUGGACAGUUGAUGCUGACCCCAACGCAACCCCAACGUGGACAGUUGAUGCUGACCCCAACAUGGACAGUUGAUGCUGACCCCAACACAACCCCAACAUGGACAGUUGAUGCUAACCCCAACAUGGACAGUUGAUGCUGACCCCAACGCAACCCCAACGUGGACAGUUUGCUGACCCCAACAUGGACAGUUGAUGCUGACCCCAACGCAACCCCAACGUGGACAGUUGAUGCUGACCCCAACGUGGACAGUUGAUGCUGACCCCAACGUGGACAGUUGAUGCUGACCCCAACGUGGACAGUUGAUGCUGACCCCAACGCAACCCUAACGUGGACAGUUGAUGACCCCAAUGCUUUCCUUUUGUAGACAUAAUUUAAUUGGUAAAGAAGUAUUUGUAUAAAUUCAACAUUUCUGGAACUAUACGUUGGGACUAUUUGCAUUGGUUUAAAUGGUGACCAAUGUCAUGAUAAAUGCACUGCAGUAGAUGACUAUUUUUCUACCCCAUAAAUAAAAUGUGUAUUUUUUGUUGUUGGGGGGUGCAUUGCUUUUGUCAUUUGGAUUAUUGUGCAGUCAUUAAAUGUGAUUAGUGGUUGACAAGAUUGGAAGACCAUUAGCUCAUUGACUUCCUCAUUUUAUAGACGCUGGCACUUUAACUAAUAUUUUCUGUAUAAUUUUUGCACCAGGAAGCUCUUUUUUAAAUUACUUUUUACCUUUCAUUGUUGUUCGCCGAUAAACGUAUUGGUUAGAGGUAAAGAUGUUCAUUUGGUGCCAGGCAGGUAUUAUACCUGCCGAAAGGAAAAGAGUAUGAGAGUACCACACCAGGAAAAACAUCAGCAGAAGAGAGGGUAGCCUGUUUGCUAGGUAGCCAGUGAAGAGAAAGGAUAAGCUGCCAUAUUAAACACGUCACAGCACAGGGGUAACCCAACCAAUAAUACCGCAUACAAUAAUAAUGGCAGAGCAAUUUAAAAGGCAACUUCAUAGAAACAAUUGACAAGAAGGAACCCAGUCAUAACCCUUAGAAUUUUCAAUAUUUGGUAUUACCUCCCCGUGGGGGAGUGAGGUGUGUGUUCAAAGACAAAACAAAUAACACCUUAAUGUCAAAACUGUUAAAACAAUAAACUCAUGCAACCUCCCUUUAA